GACCCCGCAGAGCAUCCGCGCCGUCCGAGGGCCCCAGUGCCCGGGGCGGCAGGGAACCCCGGAGCAGCGGAGCCGGGAAGGAUCCCCGCGCCGAGCGAAACACCGCCGCCGCCUCCGCGCCGCCCCCGCGGGCUGGCAGGUGUCCGGCCGCCCGCUCUCCGCCCGGCCGCCAGGUCCCGCGGUCCCGCCGUCAGCUCGCUCGCCCGUCUCCCGCGCGCCAUGCAGCCGCCGCCGGCCCCACGCGCGUAAGGCAUCCGCCGCAGGCCAUGCUGCCCCUGCUCGCCGCGCUGUUGGCCGCCGCCUGCCCGCUGCCCCCCGCCCGCGGCGGGGUCGCGGACGCGCCGGGCCUCAUCGGGGCGCCCCCCAACGCCUCCGUCAACGCGUCGUCCGCGGGCGAGCCCGCCACCCCGCGGCUGCUGUCCUCAGCGGCUGCCGGGGCCCCCGAGCACCCGGGCCCGGAGGAGGCGGCGACGCCGUGCAACAUCAGCGUGCAGCGGCAGAUGCUGAGCUCGCUGCUCGUGCGCUGGGGCCGCCCGCGGGGCUUCCAGUGCGACCUGCUGCUCUUCUCCACCAACGCGCACGGCCGCGCCUUCUUUGCCGCCGCCUUCCACCGCGUCGGGCCGCCGCUGCUCAUCGAGCACCUGGGGCUGGCGGCCGGCGGCGCGCAGCAGGACCUGCGCCUCUGCGUGGGCUGCGGCUGGGUGCGCGGGCGUCCACCCGGCCGCCUCCGACCCGCCGCCGCCGGGGCGCCCACCGCGCUGCCCGCUUACCCUGCGGCGGAGCCCGCGGGGCCGCUGUGGCUGCAGGGCGAGCCGCUGCACUUCUGCUGCCUGGACUUCAGCCUCGAGGAGCUGCAGGGGGAGCCCGGCUGGAGGCUGAACCGCAAGCCCAUCGAGUCCACGCUGGUGGCCUGCUUCAUGACCCUGGUCAUCGUCGUGUGGAGCGUGGCCGCCCUCAUCUGGCCGGUGCCCAUCAUCGCCGGCUUCCUGCCCAACGGCAUGGAGCAGCGCCGGACCGCCGCCAGCGCCGCCAGCGCCGCCAGCGCCGCCCCCGCCGCCGUGCCCGCGGGGACCACCGCCGCCGCCGCCGCUGCCGCCGCCGCCGCCGCUGCCGCUGCCGCCGUGACUUCGGGGGCCGCGUCCAAGUGACCCGCCCCGCGCCCCCCUGCGUCCGCCCGGUGUCCGUGUUCGCGGGGGCCUUUCCCGCCGGAGCUCGGCCCGUGUGCUUCGUGCUGUAGUGACCGUUAGUUCUUCCGGGGAGGGGGUCGCCAGAGAGGUUCCGGCGUGUCUGCAAAGCGAGGUGUGUGCGGUGCUCUGGCUCCGAAACCACUCCGCCGGCCCUGGCGCUUGCCGAGGGGUGGGGUCCGCCGCUGGGAAGACGGAGAGGAGGGAUUUGGGCCCUUUCCCCUCUACUGCAUCCCCUGCCCUCCUCCCUCCCGCACCCACGUGCCCUAUAUUCAUGGCAGAAAAUGACCAAAUCCUGUGUAUUUGUUUUAUAUAUUUAAUAACUGUUUUAAAUGAAAGUUUUAGUAAAAAAAAAAAUCAAAUUGCUAUUGCUGUAGUAAGAGAAGUUCUUUGUACCCAAACAGUAUUUGAAGUUUGUUUGUUUUUUAGAAAUUUAUUUGAAGGGGGGUGGGCACGGGAAUGAUUUAACACUGAUAUAUUGUUACCGCUGAAAAUGAACUUUAUGAACCUCUUCCAAGUCGAUCUAUCUAGUGAUGUGGCCUGGUGGGCGUUUCUUCUUGUACUUCUGUGUUUUGGGUUUUUGUUUUUGGUUGGGUUUUUUUGGCUUUUAAUACAGACAUUUUCCUCCAGA